AUGAUUCGACCCAAAGUUGCAGACGCUCUCUCAUAUCUCGACCAAGUGAAGGCUAGGUUUUCCAACCAGAAUGCAAUCUAUAAUGACUUUUUGGACGUUAUGCGCCAGUUCAAGGCCCAAACCAUAGGCACUGAUGUUGUCAUCCGGCGUGUGAGGGAGCUUUUUGACGGACAUCAAGAUCUUAUAAUUGGCUUCAACACCUUUAUACCUCAAGGCUAUCGACUAGAAAGUCCCGCUGCAACCUCAAAGCCCUUGAAUAUUUCACUUUCCACGGUUGGUCAGGCAUACUCAUCUGAAAUAUCCCCUGGCAAACUGCCGUCAUUCUCAGCAUUUCGUCAUCCCGACGUUUCAUCACAUGAGACCAUUCCAUCCAGUUCGUCUACGAUAUCAUAUCAACCAAUGCCGCAAACUUCAGAAAACAUAUUUUACACCUCCGCUGUCGGCCAACCACCUGUCUUGCGUUCACAACUGACCACUUCAGAUUCACAGCAGCAACCAUUACCACACAAUUAUCAGCAUAUAUCUACCCCCAACAAUCAACCUAUUAUUGAAAGUCACAUGGUAUACCCUUCCAAUAUUCAAUCAUCCCAUCAACAACAAUCCUACAUUCCAAAUGUCCAGCAGCAGCAGCAGCAGCAGCAACAUAACGCACAGUCAUUUAAUCACGCUAUUAUUUACGUAAACAAAGUCAAGGAGCAUAUUGAUACACAUCGCCGUAAACAAGCCGAGAUGCAAGUAUAUCAAGAUGUAGCCAAGUUGCUCCAUGGUCACGAGGAUCUGCUACAGGAAUUCAGUCGUUUUUUACCUGAAUCCACUAGUAUGGCGUCAGAUCCACACGAGACUGGAGGAAAUCGAAAUCCACAGUAUUGUUCGGUGAGCGAACUCUCCUCCGCUGCGCACAACAGAUUUUCUGCAAGUGGUGCCGGUGUUGCAUCUGAUAGUUCGUCGACUUGGCAUCGUAAUCCACCAGAAUCAGUAGGGCAAUCGGAGUCCAAAAAACUGAAACGAAUGGCAGCUGCUAGUUCAUCGGUUCAAAGUUAUUCACAAGGGGAUUCGAUUCCUUUGAAAAAGCCACGUCAAACUCCGAGAGAUGUGAGUUUAUCGGAUGUGGGGGUUGCUGUUACUGGACCCGAGGCGACCUUGUUGCAAAAGAUUCGAACUGCCCUGGAUGCUGAUAAUGCUGGCCGGUACUACCAAUCGUUGCUUCAAAACAUAAACCUUUAUAAUCGCAAGUUAAUCGACGAAAAACAUUUGAUAGAGGCAUCGAAUUCAGUUCUCCAUAGAUACCCUGAACUCCAUCGACAAUUCUGUGAAAUGUUUAUUUUACCUAAUUCUGAGUCUCGUUCAAGUGAAACUGGGACGAAAACACCAGAUCUAGAUGCGGGUUUAACUCCGUCCGGUUGCCUACAGGACGAAGAUGCUAAGAGGUAUCCUUCCAAUAACUCCGUCGCCAGUCCCCCCCUCUCUGACGUUGGUACAACAACUGGUGGGAACAACAUUCAUCCACUCACAGGGGCCGAUAUGGUUGCAUUAGUAAGUGAGGUCUCCCAAAGGCGCCUUGAUUUGGACUUCAAUAAGCUGCGCACUUGUGGAGCAAGCUAUCGGGCUCUUCCACCGAAUUUCCCUCAGCCUAAAUGCUCAGGGCGUGCGAAGAGCGCGAUUGCUCAGGCUGUGCUCAAUGACACCUACAUAAGCUUUUCCUCCCUAACAUCCGAAGACUCACAGUUUGUGUCGUCAAAAAAGAAUCAGUAUGAGGAAAAUAUGUAUCACACGGAGGAUGAGCGCUAUGAGGCAGAUAUGGUAAUGGAAGUUAAUCGGUCCGCGAUGCAGAAUCUGGUCGUUAGAAUGGUUCAAAAGGAAUCAGAAUGGAAAGAAGCGUUGCGAAAAUUCCAACAGUAUUGGGCUGAUCAGGAUGCAAAAAAUUAUCUUCGAUCUCUCGAUCAUCAAGGCGCCAACUUCAAGCAACGCGACACCGCAUUCACUCGUCCGAAAGCAGUUGUCAACCUCAUCGAAGGUAUUGCGCGCGGUGAAAAUUCGGCAUCCUCAGACCCAAUCUCUGGGGAUGUUGUUGGUGCGAUGUUAGCGAAAUGUAUGGCCUGCUGCCCUCCUGGGACGAACUCAGUCAGCCCCGCUACACUUGGUUCGGCAUUGAGCCACGUAAUUGAGGGCGUCGGUGAUAAUGGAGGCAUGCAUUUAACACUAGAAUAUCCACCUCCCGAGACAUGUGCUUUGUUACUCCAGGAUGUGUCCUCCCUUAUCAUACACCACGUCAAAAGGCAAUCAAAUACUAGCAAGGAGGAUAAGCGAACGAUGAAGUUUCUGGUUCGUACGGUUUUGCAAGAUUUCUUCAUGCAAGAGCGUUUCCCCAUGUCAGAUGACGAGGGCGAUGACGAAGAUUGCGAGAAUAAUGAGGAUUAUGGUGGUAGCGAGAAUGAAGCUAGUGGUGAUAGUGAAACCGUAAUGGAUACUGGCGACUCUACAGCUAGCGGUAUGCCCAAGCGACCACGCCGAAUGCGUCACCAAACUCGGAACCCAAGAUUGCAUGAGCCGGCAAAUGGUCUUAAGGAACGGAAAACAUCAAACACGGGUGGAAAUGAUAGCGGUGACCGGGAGAACCCAUUGGAGUUCCCGAAGGCUCCAGUCACUGCAAAUGACAUACCUUCGAGAGUUCCUACAGAGGAGUAUUACUGCGUCCUGAAUGGCAAUAAUCAGUGGUAUGCCUUCCUUCGAUUGCAUCACCUUUUGCUCACUCGGCUGUCUCAGUUGCGGGCAAGAUCUCAGCUAAUGCAGCAAGAAUACGCUGGCGAGGGUGGAAAGAGCAAUAACCAGGUGGCUGACGUCUUGAGGUUGCGAAAAAAGGGGCAAAGUGAACCGAAGGAAUACUAUUCACUGGCUCUACAACUGGUCAAAGAUCUCCUAGAUGGCUGUGAGGAUGUGCAUUCGUAUGAAGAUCGUCUGCGUGAUAUGUUUGGCAUAUAUGCGUACCCAUGGUUUACUAUGGACCGUCUAAUAACCAAUCUUGUGCGGCAACUUCACGUGCUGGCCAGUGGAGAUGAUUUGAGUCAACAGCUCACAUCUCUGUUUCGGUGUUACUUCAAGAAUCCCAAUAAUCGUCUGCGGAUCGACUCAGAUGUUGGGGUUGCAGAAUACGAUGGGCGGAACUUUUCGCCAGUCAUUAAUGGGAUCUGUGGUCCUUUAAGGACGCGCUACUCUCGACUAAAAGACGAAGCGCAUUAUCAACAAGCAGCCUUUUCGGCUUACCUAGAAGUAGCUGUUGCUUCCAACGAUGAUAGUGGCGGCUUAUCUAAUGUUGAUAACGUCGGCAGCGGUGCACAACCAACCUUUCCGUCGCGCUCACAAGUUCCCAAUUGCUACACGCUUGUGAUGUUGCGUCAAGCGUCAAAACUCCUCAUUCGCCUCCAUGACCCCACAUACGUAAUUAAUACCUGUGUCGCAGCACAGCAAAAUCCUCCCGAAGCCUCCGCGUACCCCUCGCCCCCUCGCAUCAUCCCACCCCCGUCACCCGGCGAGGAGGCACGGGCUGCAAGUGCUCUCAAGCGAGCGGAAGUAGGCGGUGAGCACGAAAUACGGCAUUGGUAUGACUACCUUGCUCGCUACUUGCUUAUUCCGGGCUGUUGGAUGGCAGGACCCGUUUCUGCAGCUCUAGUAGCUCGUGUAAGGCCUGUGUUUUUGUAUCGCAACGUACGGCGUUGCGUGGAGCAGCUGACGCGUCAGGCCGUGGAGCGAAAGAAGGAGGAAGCCAUUGCAACCGUUGAUCCACAACCGGAAGAGGUGCUACUAAAUAGUUUAGCACAUAAUACUUCUAAGGAAAAUGAGGAGUCCACAACACAAGUUGACUCUACCUCCGCUGAACAGGAAAAUCUUGAAAAGGACACUUGGGAAGUCAUGGCCAGAGUGCUCAGAAAUAGUUUGAGUCGAUCAGAGAAUCGAUGCACUCAAUCAAGUACAAAAUCGCGAUCUGUCAAGAAAUUCCGGGAGUUUCAAGCGAGCUGGCUAAGUGAGCAUGGAAAUAAAACGGAAAUUGAAGCGAUUACGAUGCAGCUCAAGCGGAGAUCGAAUGCAAGUGAUGAACCCGAACCCGCAUCUGAGGGCUUGGAUAGCAGUCAAGGGAACGAAACACUGCCCUCGCCGGUCAAAGAGCCUCCUCGUGUUAUAAUAGCGGCAGGUAAUCCCGGAGGGGAAGAGUCUGCUUCUAAGAUCUCUACACCGGUGGGGACCCCAUCAGAGUCCGUCGAAAAUUCGAAACAGCCCGAAGUGUCGAAUUAUUGA